AUGAAUUUAGACACCGUACGAAGACAGGCGCAUCGCGUCGCCUCGCAAGGUGGUGAUAUCAACCCCAACUACAAUCCAUUCGCCCGAGUCCGGUCGAAUGACCCACAAUCAGAUGUAGAGAACCAGGUGCAUCGAUCGCGUUCAACCCGGUCAGAGGCACACGUAACGCCAGCCAUGGAAGAGCAGAGACGACUUGGGAGAACAGAAGCAGAGAACGAGUUUGCACCGCACCAUCACGAUACUGCACCUGUUGAAAGUACAACGGGAGGCUCGGCAGUACUUGGAUCUCAUCCACAUGACCAUUCAUCAAUGUCCCGCCGUGAACAAACAGAGGUCUCCAGUGGUAGUACUGCCGCCGAGUCUACCGUACAAAAUGGUACUGGUGUUGCGAAGCGAGGCAAGUUCAAGGGCAUGUUCAGAAAAAAGCAUGACGGUGAAAAAGAUGCAGAGCUCGAACCUGUUGAUUCUGAGCAAUUGUCCAUGGAAGAGAGGAGAAGGAAAGCGCUCAAGGCCAAGAUCCCCAUCGGCAAACAGAUUCGCUAUGUCAUACUCGGAGCUUGGAUCAACGUCCUUCUCAUCUUUGUCCCUGUUGGUUUCGCAGUCAACUACGCCCAUCUCAACAAACCCGUGGUGGUUUUCAUCGUCAACUUCGUUGCCAUCAUUCCGCUUGCGGCUAUGUUGAGUAACGCAACGGAAGAACUGGCCAUCCGAGUUGGUGAGACGAUGGGUGGACUGCUCAAUGCAAGUUUUGGAAACGCCGUCGAGCUGAUCGUGUCCGUCCAAGCUUUGAUUAAGAACGAGAUCACCAUCGUCAAGACUUCGCUUAUCGGCAGUAUGCUUUCCAAUUUACUGCUUGUCUUGGGCAUGUCGUUCUUCCUCGGAGGUAUGAACCGUCUGGAACAGUUUUUCAACGUGACUGUUGCGCAAACUGCAUCCUCCAUGCUCGCGCUUGUCAUUGCUGCACUCAUCAUUCCUACUGUGUUUCACAACAUGAUUGCGGAAGACGACUCAACGGAGGGCGAUGCCAUGAAGAACCAGGAACUGUCCCGCGGAACUGCCGUCAUUCUUCUUUUUGUGUACGCCUGCUACCUAGGAUUCCAACUCAAGACUCAUGCUACCAUGUACAACACACCCAGCCAAAAAGUACCCAAACGCAAAUCGACCAAGGUCGAAGAAGGUGCUGCAGCACGUGGCAUUGCUACGAUCGGUGCUGGUACCGCCGCAGCUUCCGGGGGUGGCGUAAACCUCAAGAGUCUUCUCAAGCACCCUGAGGAGGAAGAGGAGGAGGAGGAAGAUGAUUUCGAGACACCUCAACUCUCCGUCCUCGGCGCCAUCAUCACUCUCACUGUCUCGACUACUCUUGUUGCGUUCUGCUCCGAGUUUAUGGUUUCCAGCAUUGACGGCUUAACUGCGACUGGAGCUGUCUCGACCACCUUUGUCGGCCUGAUCCUGCUGCCUAUUGUCGGCAACGCCGCUGAGCACGCCACUGCUGUCACUGUCGCGAUCAAGGACAAGAUGGACUUGGCUAUCGGUGUCGCAGUCGGCUCCAGUAUGCAGAUUGCGCUGCUUGUCUUCCCGCUUAUCGUUCUUCUCGGCUGGAUCUUGGGCAAAGACUGCAUGACCCUUUACUUCGAUACCUUCCAGAUUGCUACGUUGUUCGUCUCGGUGCUACUUGUCAACUACCUUAUUCAGGAUGGCAAAUCUCAUUGGCUCGAAGGCAUUCUUCUCAUGGCAAGUUAUAUCAUCAUUGCACUUGCAGCCUGGUUCUAUCCGGAUCAGCAAGAAACUUGCUAG